CAACCUUCACCAUCAUCAUCAUGGCCGCUCCGACUCACGCACUUCCAGCUCUCUCCCUUGAAUCAACCCAACGUCAUGCUGAGUGGAAGCCCAACCCCUCCCAAGGCCACCGCUAAUCUUGCGGGCUACAGCGAGGUAGGCACCUGGGCUUCGGCUCCUGGUCACCCUUAGGAAGAGAGGACAACGACGAGGACAUGGAGGGGAAGAAGCCCAUGCAGAGGAAGAGCUGCGCGGUUGCUGCGACAAGAGAGUGAGGCGGCGACCACGGUGAUGCUGGAGGCGACGGCGACCGCCCUUUCACUCUGCAAGGAAUCCCCGUCCGUCCACUCCCACCUCCAUUCCGUCCCAGCAGCCACCCACCCAGUCCAGGAUUCCGCCCCGAUGAUCUCCACCUCCCCGAGCCCUCCAGCAGCCAGCAGCACCUCCAGGCCUGGAUGCGGUUUAGCCAUUCUGGCAUUCUCUUCGUCCUCAUUCGCUGGCUGGCCAAGCGGCCUUCUGUCCACCCUCGUGGUUGGUCGUCGAGGGGCCGAACCCUUGCCAAAAUCAGGAACCCCCGGCUACACCAGGCCUAAUCCCCCCAAGCGCACCCUUCCACUCAUCUCCCGUUCCGUCGUUGCAACUGCCACCACUGCGCUGUUCAAAGCAUGGCCAUUACUACUACACGGCAAGUUUGCCUGGUGGUCCCACGGUCUACAUACGGUAGUAAGUGGGAGGAGAGACAAGAGCCGUUUCCACAGUGGCUCAACGCCUUCAAAGUCUCCUCCUCCAAUCUCCAUCUCCUCCCGCAUCGUCUCCUCUCGCUCACGUUCCGGGCCCGUUGUCUCGUCUCGCCCGUUCACCAAACCCAGUUAAGAGCAAGGACCGGCGCUGCUCUCGAAAAAGUACCCUGAAAUGAAUAAACUACGUAAGGCGGUGGUCGGGUCCCCAUGCUGCUCAUGCGCGCUAGUUCCGCGGCGUGGAAUGAAGAUCGCUGGGAACCUCCUUCUCUGACGCAACGGGGCCGCUUGCUCGCGUGUCCCGCUACCCUUUCGCAAAAGUGUCAUA